ACGUGACUGGGUAGUACACGUUAGGGCAGCCAUCGUUUUACCUAAUUCACGUCCACACCAAAAUGGGAAAGAGCUGGAAGGAUUGGAGAGGAUAGGACGAACAGCAAUGGAAGUGCUUGGCUAUUGUGUUUAAACUGCAAAAACUCGCUUUUCCAAUCCUCUCGGUAGGUUUUAUUGGUUGAAAACAAGAAGUUGCCAAGCCAAGGUGGGCUUGAACCAGGACCUGGCCUGAUCUGUUACCUGGCAACCAGUGACGGGGCACCAAUCCUAGCCUCCUGAUUGGCUGUGACAGAAGCAGGCUGUAGAGGUGGAGAGGAGGGGGCAACUGAAAACAAACUGCUUUGCUUCCCCCCCCCCUUUUUUUCCCUCUUCUUUGUUUUGAGGGGGGGAAGAGGAGAACUCGGGCAGGUGGAGGAGUGCUCUGUGGGCGCUCUAACUUCACAGAGGAGCAUGGGGCAGAGCGUUCCUGGAGGCAUAAAGACUAUUGACAUGAGGGAUCCGGCAUUCAGGCCUCUGGAGCUGGCAGCUCUGGACCAUAACAAGCCCUCCAGGCUGGACCUGCUGCUGGACAUGCCCCCUGCUGGACAGGAGGUCCAGAUGCAGCACUCCUGGAACAACAACGACCGAUCGCUCAACAUCUUCGUCAAGGACGACAACAAACUGGUCUUCCAUCGGCACCCCGUGGCUCAGAGCACGGAUGCCAUCCGGGCCUGUAUCGGCUACACCCGGGGACUCCACAUCUGGGAGAUCAGCUGGGCCAUGAGACAGCGGGGCACGCACGCCAUCGUCGGCGUGGCGACAGGAGAUGCGCCUCUUCAUUCCGUAGGCUACACGACCCUGGUGGGUAAUAACCAUGAGUCCUGGGGCUGGGACCUGGGACGGAAUAAACUUCACCACGACGGAAAGAACCAGCCUAGUAAGACAUACCCUGCGUUCCUGGAGCCGGAUGAGACGUUUCUAGUCCCUGACUCAUUCCUGGUAGUGUUGGACAUGGACGAGGGGACUCUGAGCUAUAUUGUGGACGGACAGUACUUGGGGGUGGCUUUCAGAGGACUCAAAGGGAGGAAGCUGUACCCUGUCGUCAGUGCUGUGUGGGGGCACUGUGAAAUACGAAUCCGGUACAUCAAUGGACUUGAUCCUGAGCCUCUCCCUCUGAUGGACCUGUGUCGGCGCUCUGUGAGGGUAGCUCUGGGUAGAGAACGACUGAGUGAGAUCCAUGGUCUGCCUCUACCAGCCUCUCUCAAGAAUUACCUGCUUUACCAAUGACCCCUCAGCACCACACAGAACAUCUCUUAGAUCUAUGGACUGCCCCGUCUGUUGCCUCAAUACAUACACAGAACGUGUCUCUCUCUCUCUCUCCUGACUGCCCCGUCUGUUGCCUCAAUACAUACACAGAACAUGUCUCUCUCUCUCCUGACUGCCCCGUCUGUUGCCUCAAUACAUACACAGAACAUGUGUCUCUCUCUCUCUCUCUCCUGACUGCCCCGUCUGUUGCCUCAAUACAUACACAGAACAUGUGUCUCUCUCUCUCUCUCUCUCCUGACUGCCCCGUCUGUACAUACACAGAACAUGUCUCUCUCUCUCUCUCUCUCUCUCUCUCUCUCUCCUGACUGCCCCGUCUGUUGCCUCAAUACAUACACAGAACAUGUCUCUCUCUCUCUCCUGACUGCCCCGUCUGUUGCCUCAAUACAUACACAGAACAUGUCUCUCUCUCUCUCUCUCUCUCUCUCUCUCGACUGCCCCGUCUGUUGUCUCAAUACAUACACAAACAUGUCUCUCCCUCGCUCUCUCUGUCUCUGGGAUUUUCCCCCUCAGAACGGUAACCCAACCAGUUCAACAACUCAUCACUCCAGCCUCUGGGUUAGGGCUCUGACUCAUCCUUCCCAGCCCUCAGGGUUGGUUUGUACCAAUCACACUACAGAUUGAGAACAACAUCAUUGUGUGAUGCUUGGAGUGUUCAGGAAGCUCUAGAGACCCUGGUUGGUAAUGGGUGAAGUUAUUUUUUAGUUUUAGUUUUUAAAUAAUCCUGGUUUUUAUGGUUUACUUCAAUCAUACUGGGAUAUCCACGUCGAUGACAUGCAGCGGGACUUUAUGCGUAUCUUUGCUGGUCCUGAGGGCUUUGAGAUGACUGCCAUAGUGGUACUACAAUAUGUCUACCUGUGUAGAAGUGUAAUGAGUUGAAUGGUACGUCAGUCUGUUGUGACCAACAGCUUUUUAAUAGUGAUUUAGACUUUCUCUCCUUUUCCGUUUUUGUCUUCUUAAAUGAAAAUUCAAUCCAGUGAUUGCUGUAUGACAUGUCCUGUUGGUAAAUAGUUGGUUUAUUGUGUUGGAAUCACCCCCCCCCCCUUCAGGUUGGUGGAGGGCUGUUGUGUGGUAUAACAGAUAGGUUUGUUGCAUGUUGAAAAAUAUUUAACAUUUUCCAAGCACAAGGUGGUGCCAUUUCUCACCUUCCUCCCACUCCCCACCUGUUCCUCCUCUUUAAUGGUCCAUCAGGAAAUGGUACUCCUUUUUAUAUACUUGAGAGAUUUUAUGAGAUUUCCUUGGUCAGGUUUUAAUAAAGUUAGUUAGUGCUCACCUUCCUCACACUUCCCAGUAGAUGAUGGUUGAUCUAGCCAAGACUGUGUGUGCCUGGUGACGGUCCAGCACUGACCUCUGUUAGUAAGGUGGUGAUACAACUCCAUUACUCCUGGAAGCAUUACUCUGCUUUCAGGGUAAAAAAAAAAGUAUAAUUUUAUUUGGGUGGAGUGUGCCUUUUUAACUCUGCUCUGCUGUUCUGCUGCACUGCUGCACUAUCAGGUUUUCUCCCUGCAAUAUCUGAAGCACCUGUUUUAUGUACCGAUGUCCCCAACAGAUUUUAUAUAUAUAUAUAUAUAUAUAACUGAAUGAUGACAUCGCUGUGAGAUUUUCUAACAUGUUCUAGCAUACAGGCUUGGCUUUGGUGACCAAUGACAAAACAGUCACUGUACAAUGUCCGUGACCAUGGACUUUCUCUCUGCUUUGGACCCAUAGACUGUUUCAUGUAUAUCAAGGACUUGUUUGGGUAUAAGGGAUGGUUAGGUCAUUCUGAAAUGUGUGGGGAUGUCAUUGGAAGGUGUGGGGUCUUUUUUUUAAAUUUUUUUUAAUUAGUUAACUAUUGUUUGUUUUAGUUGGAAAGCAUUUGUUCAAAUGGCACUGUUUCCUGUAUAGUGGACUACUUUUUUUUCUUUUUUUUAUGGGCAGAUGUAGUCGGCGUUGUGCUGAUCAUUGACUGCGCCAAUCGUUUUAUUUUUCCCGUUUUGAAAUUUUAUUUUUCGUUUUUUUUUCUUCUAGUUUGCUCAUUUUGUUUUUCUUUAUGUAGUAACUACCUAAUAAAAGUUUUUCAAAUUAUA